CUCUUUUUUCUCUAAUCCGUAACGAUGGCACCCAAGAGCAACUCUGCUCCCAAGAACAAGGCUCUCGCUGCCAAGAAGGCUGCCCUUAAGGGCGUCAGUGGUCAGACCUCCCGCAAGGUCCGUACCUCCACCCACUUCCACAUCCCCAAGACCUUGAAGUUGGCACGCAAGCCCAAGUUUGCCCGCAAGUCUAUCCCCCAUGCUCCCCGCAUGGACCAGUACCGCGUCAUUCGUCAGCCCUUGAACACUGAGACUGCCAUGAAGAAGAUUGAGGAGCACAACACCUUGACCUUCAUCGUCGAUGUCAAGGCCAACAAGGCUCAGAUCAAGGAUGCCGUUAAGAGACUCUAUGAUGUCGAGGCUGCCAAGAUCAACACCCUCAUCAGACCUGAUGGCUACAAGAAGGCUUUCGUCCGUUUGACCGCUGAUGUCGAUGCUCUUGAUGUUGCCAACAAGAUCGGCUUCAUCUAAAGGAACCGCUUGUUUGAUCAAUUUUCUUUUAUGAAUUUUUCCUUUCUGGAACCACAAAAUAAUAAAAGCGGAUCUCAAUACAUAUGAAAAUACAC